AUGGCCUAUCCUGGAAUAUUACUUGAAAAGAAGUCUACAGACACCAGUGUAGACUACAGAGAAAUGCUGACCAACAAACUGGAACGAGGAAUUCGCACCAAACACCGAGAACUAUUGUCAAAUCAAGCGUUAUUGUUGCACGUCAAUGCCGACCCAUAUACAGCCACUCAUUCCAGUGAAACUAUUGAAAAAUUGGAUUUCAUCUUGCUGAAACACAUUGCAUACAAUCUAGAUCUCUUCUCUUUCAAUUAUUACCUCUUUAGACCGCUCAAACAUCCUUCACGAUGUCGUCGAUUUUCUAUGGACGAAGCACAGGAAGCGGUGCGUAAAGAGCUGUGCAAUCAGCCGAAAACCUUUUCCGAUGGAAUAAGCAAGUUUGUAGACUACUGGAAGAAUUGUAUCGAAAAAUAA